CAAACGAUUGGAUUUCAAAACAAACUUUGAGUGAAACGCACAAACAUUUCUGACAUUUAAAACACACUUUUCAUCGCAAUUAUUGUCAAUUCAUUGAACGAAUUGAUGCCUAAAUUCAGUGUUUCAUAAGUUUUGACACAAAAAUGUUUGGCUUCUUAAGGAAAACAACUAUCUGCAACCGGGAGGCACAGUACGGAUGUGCACCGGGAGUGAUCCGGACUCGCGUGGGCUAUACGGGGGGAACGACACCGAACCCCACUUACCACAAGUUAGGCGAUCACACGGAGACCAUUGACAUCCAAUACGACCCCAAUGUCACCACUUAUGAGAAAAUUCUGGGCAUGUUUUGGGACAACCAUUCGCCGACCCAAUGCCACAAAAGGCAGUAUAUGUCCGCUAUUUUCUACCACAACCCACACCAGAAGCAAUUGGCCGAAGAGUCGAUGAAAGAGAUGCAGAAGAAGUACGCGAAACCAAUUCAGACACUGAUAUUGCCGUCGGAAGUGUUUUACGAAGCGGAGGACUAUCACCAGAAGUUUAUGUUAAGGAAACACCAGAAUCUGGUCAAUAGUCUGGGUUUGAGUGACAAGCAGUUGAUUGGUUCGCAUAUCGCGGGCAGACUUAACGGCUAUUUGGGACACUUCGGCACUUUCGAGGCCUUCAACAAAGAGGUGGACGUUUGGGGCAUCACUUCCCACCAGAAGGACUACGUAUUGGAACAAAUGAAGUCUUCGGAUUACGGCCACUGUUAGGCCUUCCGUGUUAUGGAUCUGUGCAUAGAUUUAGUGAUAAUUAAGUGAUACAAUGGAUAACUAAAUGAUAAUAUGAUUGCC